AGCCUCGUAUUAUAAAUAAACUAGCGUGUCGAGUAUUUUGUUAAACUUAUUGCCUUUCUAUCGCCAGAUUUAUACAGUGUCAAGUGUCGCAUUGAGUAAAAAAUGGCUCUACGAAAGGUUAUGUCUGGCGCUUUUCGGCAAAUUAAGAAGAUAAAUGGCAGUAGAUUGUUGUCAGAUGCUGUACCUCAAGAAGAACCACAGACUCAAAAUCUCGAAAAAACCAUGAAUCAAGUAAUGUUGUUGGGAAGAGUUGGAGCAGAGCCACAAAAAAGAGGAAGUGCAGAACAUCCCGUUGUUCUUUUUUCUCUAGCCACGCACACAAAUUACAAAUAUGAUAGUGGGGAGACAGUCCAAAGAACGGAUUGGCACAAAGUCUGCGUUUUCCGUCCAGCAUUACGAGAAACUAUCUACAAUUAUAUGAAAAAGGGACAAAGAGUCCUGGUAAAAGGAAAACUCUACUACGGGGAAAUCAAGGACGAAGAAGGAAAGCCUCGCCCCACUACAUCCAUUAUCGCCGAGGAAAUUGUCAUGUUCCAGUCCUGAAAUAUUUUACGGUUUUUUUUCCUCAUUUUUUUAAACACUUUAGUGCCAUUUUUCUGACUUGAAUGCAACAAUUUAAAGGUAAUUUAAGGAAUAUUGUACAGUUGUUUACUAUAAAACCAUUUAGAAAUAUUUUAGAAGGGAAGA